AGAGAGGGCGAUUACUGCUCCUGCGACGGCUACACCAACAGCAUCUACACCAUCUCCAUCAGCAGCACCACCGAGAACGGCUACAAGCCCUGGUACCUGGAGGAAUGCGCCUCCACCCUCGCCACCACCUACAGCAGCGGGGCUUUUUAUGAGCGGAAAAUAGUCACCACGGACCUCCGGCACCGCUGCACCGACGGCCACACCGGCACCUCCGUGUCCGCCCCCAUGGUCGCGGGCGUCAUCGCCUUGGCUUUGGAGGCAAACCCCCUGCUCACCUGGAGGGAUGUCCAGCAUCUGCUGGUCAAAACCUCGCGGCCGGUGCACCUGCGAGCGGCUGACUGGAAGACCAACGGCGCGGGGCAUAAAGUUAGCCAUCUAUAUGGCUUUGGUCUGGUGGAUGCAGACGCUAUAGUGGUGGAAGCCAAGAAGUGGAAGGCAGUUCCUCCCCAGCACGUCUGCGUGGGAAGCCUGGACAGGGUGCCCAAGUACAUCCGUGCGGACCACGUGCUGCGCGCCAGCACCCUCAGCAGCGCCUGCGCCGAGCACCGCGACCAGCACGUGCUCUACCUGGAGCACGUCGUGGUGCGGCUCAGCAUCUCGCACCCGCGCCGGGGCGACCUCCAGAUCAGUCUCGUCUCUCCGGCGGGGACCAGGUCGCAGCUCCUUGCCAGGAGGGUGUUCGACCACUCCAACGAGGGGUUCAAGGGAUGGGAGUUCAUGACCGUCCACUGCUGGGGGGAGCGGGCGGCAGGAGAGUGGACCCUGGAGAUCCACGACACGCCGUCCCAA